CUGCUCCCGGUUUCUUCGGUAUUCUCUUUUCGACCUUCACAACAGUGACGCCUCACCUAGCACCGCGCGCCCUUUUCUCCCUCCUCCCUCCUAACCCUUUUUCCCUCCUCUUUGCGGCUCCGGCUGCGUCUGGAGCUUCGACAGCUCGAUGGCGGUCUCCGAACAAAUCCCCGGGCAGGAGUUAGAAUAUGACUACGAGGCCCUCCCCUCUAACUACGGCCUCGGCCGGAAUAUGCUGGCUGGUGCCUUCGCAGGGAUAGCGGAACAUGCUGUCAUGUAUCCGGUGGACUUGUUGAAGACUCGCAUGCAAAUCCUGCAUCCCGCGAACGGCGGACUUUACACCGGUCUUACUAAUGCGUUUUCCACAAUCUACCGAAUUGAAGGCUGGCGGACAUUAUGGAAGGGCGUUUCCAGCGUUAUUGUCGGUGCUGGCCCCGCCCACGCUGUCUACUUUGGCACAUAUGAAAUUGUAAAGGAUCUUGCCGGUGGCAAUGUCGAUGACGGUCACCAUCCCCUAGCUGCAGCUAUGAGUGGUGCCUCGGCGACCAUUGCCAGUGACGCUUUGAUGAACCCCUUUGAUGUGAUUAAGCAACGUAUGCAAGUUCAUGGCUCGGUACACAAGACUAUCCUUCAAUGCGCCCGGUCUGUCUACCGGACGGAAGGUCUUCAGGCUUUCUACGUUUCCUAUCCUACCACACUUUGCAUGACCGUCCCCUUCACCGCUACACAGUUCGUCGCCUAUGAGUCGAUUUCCAAGGUUAUGAACCCCUCCGGGGAUUACGACCCGUUCACCCACUGUAUUGCGGGUGGUCUCGCAGGCGCUUUCGCAGCUGGUCUCACGACACCGCUCGACGUGGUGAAGACGCUCCUCCAGACCCGCGGUUUGGCACAGAAUGAGGAAAUUCGGUCGGCGAAGGGUCUUUUCAACGCCGCGGCCAUUAUCAAGCGGCAGUUCGGUUGGAGUGGUUUCCUGCGUGGCGCUCGUCCUCGCAUCAUUUCUACGAUGCCCAGCACAGCCAUUUGCUGGACCUCUUAUGAGAUGGCCAAGGCGUACUUCAAGCGCCAGGAGGUCAUCUAAAAAAACGGGUCUUUUUCUUCCCACUGGCCCGAUCGCAUAAAUUCGACUUCCACACUAUCCAUUAUAAAUCUCCAUCCUGGGGCCUUCCGAAAAAAAAAUAGGAAGGUUGGCUGAUAGCGGCCACGUAUCACGUGCGAAGGGCGGAAAUGCGACGCGAGAGGAAUUCCAAGCCAUGUUGGGUGACGUUCAUACUGUCCAUUCUCUUUAUUAGCUCGAUCUUGAUUCUUCUGCUCUCGCGCGGGCUCCGUUUCUCUCAUUCACCGUUUUUUUCGGGAUG